AUGUCGGUGUACGGCGCGGCGUUUGCAGACGCCGAGCUCUCGAAGAAGACCACAAUCUUCGGUCUUCAUCUAUGGGCGGUCGUCGGAAUAAUCGUCGGAGCGGCUAUUGUGCUCAUACUCUUUCUGCUGUCCAUUUGCCUCACGGCCUCGCGCCGCCGUAGCAGCAGCGGCAAGGGCAAACUCCACCGUCCGGCGAAACUCGAGUUCACCCCCGUCAUCUCGAAGGAUAUCGUACACGACUCCUCCUCCUCCGCCGCCGCCGCCGAUCACCGUCCGGUUGUGCCUCAGGCCGUGCCAGAGAUACAAAUAGAUAUGGGCAAGGUGGAGCAUCGGGUGGUGUUUUCUGAUAGAGCAUCGAGCGGUGAGAGCAGCAGGGCCACAAGUGGGGCCGACACAGCUUCCUUUGGAGGUAGCGGUUCGUUGCCAGAGGUAUCCCAUUUGGGAUGGGGAAGAUGGUAUACUUUGAGAGAGCUUGAGGCGGCCUCUAAUGGAUUGUCAGACGAGAAUGUGAUUGGUGAAGGUGGAUAUGGUAUUGUGUACUAUGGAGUUUUGGCAAAUAACACCCGGGUGGCCAUCAAGAAUUUGUUAAAUAACAAGGGUCAAGCUGAAAAAGAGUUCAAAGUGGAGGUGGAAGCAAUUGGACGUGUUAGACACAAGAAUCUUGUAAGGUUGCUCGGCUACUGUGUUGAAGGAGCUUACAGGAUGCUAGUCUAUGAAUAUGUGGAUAACGGAAAUUUAGACCAGUGGCUUCAUGGUGAUGUAGGCGAUGUCAGUCCUUUGACCUGGGAGAUCCGUAUGAAUAUAAUUCUUGGAACUGCAAAGGGCCUAGCGUAUCUACAUGAAGGUCUCGAACCAAAGGUUGUUCACCGAGACAUCAAGUCCAGCAACAUACUCCUUGACCGUCAAUGGCAACCUAAGUUGUCUGAUUUUGGGCUCGCUAAACUUUUGAAUUCAGAGAACUCGUACGUGACUACUCGAGUGAUGGGUACUUUUGGAUAUGUUGCUCCAGAAUAUGCUUCCACGGGUAUGCUGAACGAGAAGAGCGACAUAUAUAGCUUCGGAAUAUUGAUUAUGGAGAUAAUUACUGGAAGAUGUCCUGUUGAUUAUAGCCGGCCACAACCAGAGGUUAAUCUAGUUGAUUGGCUGAAGAUGAUGGUUGGGAACCGGCAAACAGAGGAGGUGAUAGAUCCUAAGUUACCUGAAAGACCUGCUUCGAAAGCAUUGAAACGUCUUAUUCUGGUAGCCCUACGAUGUGUUGAUCCGGACGCUCAAAAGAGGCCGAAAAUGGGUCACAUAAUACACAUGCUGGAGUCUGAGGACUUGCUAUCUCGCGAUGUAUGUAUGAAACUAUGA